UUUCCAAGUUUCUUCGGAGAAGUCUAAGCUUUUUACCAUCAGAAUUGCGUAAUUAUGUUUUACAUACUUUCUUUUUUUCCAGAGUAAUCUCUGUUUUGAUGACUCUUUUAAUUUGCAUUUAGGGUAAUAGCUAAAUUCUUUCGCUACGAGCAUUUAUUUUUUGGUUUUGUGAUAAAUUUUGUUCGUUCUCAGACAUUUUGGCUCUCUUAGUUUAGAAGAUAUCGUUUGUUAAUCUUCUUAAUUUUGAACAUUUGUGUCCCUCUCAUGAAGAUCAGGAGGCAUAGGCAAUACUUUCCUUCUUGUUUGUUUCUUCCCCAAGUAGAGGAGGAUGAAGCGUGGGAAAGGCGAGAAAAAGGGAACAAAGAGCCGAGAAGGCAGCGGUCAAGUAGUUCCAAUCACUGUUUCAGUGAACCGGUGGUUAUAGCCACGGCUAUGGUUGGAACAAGAUCAUGGAUAGGAGGUCUCUUCACACGCUCCAAUAGACGACAAGACAAGUCAAUAGACUACACAUUGUCUCCUCUUCAGGAGGAAAGACUUCAAAGGCUGCAUGAUCGUUUGCUUGUACCUUUUGACGAGACACGUCCUGACCAUCAGGAAUCACUUAGAGCAUUGUGGGAUGCUGCAUUUCCGAAUGUUAGUCUCACAGGUUUAGUUACAGAACAAUGGAAAGAAAUGGGAUGGCAAGGUCCCAAUCCAUCUACAGAUUUCAGGGGUUGCGGGUUUAUCGCUCUAGAGAAUUUGCUAUUUUCCGCAAGAACUUAUCCGGCUUGUUUCCGGAGGCUAUUACUGAAACAAAGAGGCGACCGGGCAAAGUGGGAGUACCCUUUUGCGGUGGCCGGAAUCAACAUCUCAUUCAUGCUGAUUCAAAUGCUCGAUCUACAAAAUACUCCAAAGCCGAAAUGUCUUCCAGGAAUACAUUUUCUCAAACUCUUGGAAGAAGACGAGAAGGCAUUCGAUGUACUAUACUGUAUAUCUUUCGCAAUGAUGGAUGCUCAAUGGCUUGCCAUGCACGCUUCUUACAUGGAAUUCAAUGAAGUAUUGCAGGCGACUCGGAAUCAGCUAGAGAGAGAGCUUUCUUUGGACGAUAUUCAUCGGAUUCAAGAUCUCCCUGCCUAUAAUCUCUUGUUCCAAUAGUUUUUUUUUUUUUUUUACUCUUUCAUUUAGUUUGAUUUCGACUUUUAUGUACAUUUACUAAAUUUAUGAACGAAAAUAAAAUGUUAAUUAAUGCGAAGAAGGUAGA